CUUCAUCACCUUACAACAAAAGCGUCAACUCCACAAACUACACUCAAGUCUUCAGCACCGUGGCCUGACAUCUUCAUCUCUUUGUUCACCAUCGCCCCAAAACAACUGCGUUUCUUACCAGCUCCUGUUAGUGCCGACCCUGCCUUGGUUUUGCCCGUACAUUCUCUGGCAUAGCUGCGUCUCACCGUUGGCCCUUGACUCUGAUACACGUACGCCAGACAGCAAUCUUGCGGGACUUUGCCCGGGCGGACGAGCAGAAUCGUCCUAGCCACGCCGACAUCAAACCGCGCUACGGGUCAUACUCCCAGCGAAUCCCCAGGGGUCCAGCCGUCGAGAAGUGAAAGAAGUCCCAGCGGCGGCUCAAGUCAUGCCGUACAGCUCCCUUUAUCGAGACCAACAUGGCUCUCAUGACUUUCAUAACAAUCCCAAUUUCCAACGUCACCAGUCCCGACUAGCCAUUGUUGAUCCGGAUAUUGGUGAUUACAAUCGGUGGCAUGAGAUGGACUUUACCUCUGCACCCCUCAAUCCCUCCACAACUUCCUCGCCCCUCGACUCCCAGAAGUACUCGUCCAACAUGGACACCGAUGGUGAUUCGCUGUCUUACCUACGCCCCUCGAAUCGUCUCAACUCGACAGACUCUCGCCUGAACCAACAGCAACAGUCUCCCGAGGUGGACUCUCUCUCAGGAGAUCUCUACAGCACUGGACCAUUUUCCUACUCCCAACUUCUCAAUAUGGACUCGGAUCUGUCGUCCAUGGAUCAGUCGAGCAUCAGCUCACGCGCCGAUUACGACUCCAAGAUGCUCGACACCAACAACAGCCACCUUGCCGCCUCACUGUCUGCGAAUGACUCUAUCAACACCUCACCACCCGUCGCUACUCUUGAUCCCAUUGCCAUCUCCAUCUCAUCCAAAACGGAUUCCUCAGAGAAGCUGUGUCCGCUGAUAGCAGGCCAAGUUGACAGCUGCCAACCACAACGCUGUGGCCCUGACGCUCCGUGCAUGAAUUUCACCACCCUGCCUCCCAUCGAGGAAUGUACUUCGGUGCCCUGUAUCACCGGCUCAGCCUCGCCCAACGAGACCAUGAUCACCAGCGACAGUGUUUCCGUCUCUCUACACUCGCGGCCGACUCCUAGUACACGCAACAGCACAGUCAGUUCCGCCUCGAUGCGUCGCUCCUCAGCAUCAUCCAACGAUAACAGCCAAGUUCAGUCGGUCCCCUUGCCGCCUCGCAAACCUACGGCGGCAGCAGCUCGCCGUCGCGCCAACCAGCGCUCCAACCCCACCACCACCGUUUCCACCUCCGCCACUAUGUUGUCCGACGAUGAGGAGCAAGAUUCGAAACCCAAAGGCGGCGCUCCUAGCAAAGCUGAUGCAAAGCAGCGGGCGAAACAAGCCCACAGCCUCGUUGAGCGCAAGUACCGUGAAAAUCUCAACGCCAAGAUCGCACAGCUUCACAAUACCCUACAAUCAUCACACUACGGACCCAAGGCUAGCCUUGAAGAUGACAGCGACAAUCCCAGCUCUCUGAUGGCUGCCAUUCCCGCGAGCAAGGUCCGAAAGAGCGACGUCUUGACCGAAGCCAUGAACUACGUCAACCAAACCGAAGUCGAAAUGCGCCACAUGGAGAACGAGAUCAACCGGCUCAGCGAGAGAGUCCGGGUGUUGGAAAAAUUGGUCAGGUGUGAGGAUUGCAGCCUGUUGAAGCAGAUGGUCAAUCUGCAAGUUCAACCAGUUUGAACCUCAACCAAGUCACACCUGACGUGGGUCACACCUCUCGAUUGACCAACUCAUAUCUCCAUGUUUGUACAGGCAAUCACUCGGUGGUAACGACAUUGAUCCUCGCGGGGCCGAGAGACGUCUGUCGCUGUGGGAUUGGCACUGGUCCACAUACAGGCACAUAAAACCCACCCCCUUCUUGUGUCAUUUUUUUUUUUGCUGGCGUUUUGGGACGGGCACGAAUCUGGAUAUUGGGUCUACAUUUCGGCCCGCGGGGAUUUCCGCCAAGUAAAGUCUUGUAGAGACUACUUAUGGGCAUGAGAAAGGCAAAGGCAUGGUUGUUUAUGAUCACGGCUCAAAAUAGUCGUCUGUCGAUAUGUUUGGCAUUCUCCUCCUUGUUCGAGUCUACCGAUUCGCAUUGAUGCAAUGACAAUUCAACGCACAAUUUUUACCCUUUUGACUAAA